UGCAUAUCAAAAGCUAUAAAUAUAAUCUAAUUCCUUUAUCUUUAACAAAUCUAUAUUCUCCGUCAGCAGUAUAUACACUUAAAGGAAGUGCAACACAUGCAGUUAAAAUUUGGGCCAGCCUGAUCGUCGUCGAAAAGCGAAGCUCUAUAAAAAGAACGCGCAUUCAGAUGAAAAAAGACGAAUGACCGGAAAGAAGGUAAAAAGGAAAGAUAAAAAACGGCCCAGAGAAAAGCACGAGCUCGACACUCGUUGAAAAAAGAGAGACACAGAGAUACAAGGAGAAAGUGAGAAAAAGUAUAGGAAGGGUUGGAAGGAGGGAGCACAGCCUGCCAUGAUAUUUCGAGCAUCCAGUGACUCGUUUAGGUGUCUUGUUCCUUCAACAGGUUGUCUCUCCACGUUGCUGGCCAACGGAACUUCCCGCUACUUCAAUCCAGUUUAAAUUGUUGAUACAGUUACAGUUUAUAUUCUUUUACUGAAGAAUUUGUUAAUGUUAACGUAACUUUGAAAGUUUGUUGAAACUAUUAAGGUGAAAUUCAAGUUUAAAAAGGGGACCAGGGAAAGAUGAAAACAAAGAGAUUCCUUUAGUGAUUUCUGAAACGAAUUCACCGGUGAACUCGGGUGAAUCACGAUCUCAUCCCUCCUCCUCCACCUCUUUCUCAUCUUUCUGUACCUCCUGUUGCUUCGAGCGGUAUCAAAAUAUUGAGACAUUAAAUGAAAUGGACUACAGUUAUAGUGUUUGAAAAAAAUAAUAGAUGAAAAAGAUAUAAUGUCUUUAGCUUAACAACUUUUAUUGUAUUGACAAAUGAACCUAUACAUGCAUAAUGAAGAAAUUUUAUGCAAUAUUUUUUUUAAUAUGCACAUCCACCGCUGACUUUUCCAAUGUUUGCGACCCUAAUUGGCAUUCGUUAGAAACGUUAGAAACCGCCAAAGUGGAGUGUGGACCAUCUUUUGAAAAUCGUUGCUAUUGCAUGAGGACAUGCUACGAGAAUCACCAUCAGUAUGUCGUUAAUUGUACUGAAUCAGGAUUUCAUAACGCGGCGCCGUUAUCGCACUUGCCGAACGACACACAAGUGCUUAUUUUUACUGGGAACAAUCUCGGAGAGCUUCCAUGGAACGUAUUCGGCACACUGGAUAGUUUGCCUCACUUAAGAGUGAUAGAUAUGUCUAACAAUAAAAUAAGAGAAAUUCGAGGGAAGGCAUACCAUCACGUCCAACACGUCGAACGACUUAUUUUAGAUUUCAACGAAUUAUCGUUGGAUCCUGCAAGAAGUCAUCCCAGGGUUUUCUCUAAUUUCGUCUCCCUCUUGGAACUCCAUUUAACUGACGCCUUCGAAGAUGGUCCACCGAGAGAUCUUGCAGCAACACUGCAUGAUAUUUUUGUCAAUAGUAAUUUAACGCAACUGAUAAAGCUGCAUUUGGAACAAAAUGAAAUAUCAGAAUUUCGGGACAGUAAUGUAUUCUGCGAUCUCCCGAAUCUUUUGGACCUUUAUCUCGGCGAUAAUGCACUUACCGCUUUGCAUUUUAAUAUAUCCUGUCUCCACAAAUUACGUUUCUUGGAUCUUCAACGAAAUAAGUUCACAAAAGUGGUCGAUCAUGAUCUGCACGCUAUGGACACGCUUAUCAAGCAUAAUCAAAGCAUAGCUGUAGAUUUCACUGGAAAUCCGUUUGUGUGUUCGUGCAAAUUAAAUCCCUUUAUAAAGUGGAUGAGGAAGACAAAAGUGUUCGUUCGUAACAAAGACAAUUUGAAAUGUUUUGAAGGUGAAAUACAUCAUGAAAUACACGAAACAAAGAACUGUACGCCGAAAUUGUUCUCAUCAACUCCACGCGGUGCAACUGUUCUGCUCUUUUUCCUCUGUAUAGUGUUAAUAGGACUGGUGUGCGCUUUAAUUUAUGUACAACGCACGAAACUACAAAAGAAAAUUGAGCCUAUAUUAGAUUCGGUGAACAAGAGGGUACGAUACACCUCGAUAGCAACUGGUGAUACUCGAGAAGAUUUAUGAAUGAAAUGAAAAGGUUCUUCGAUUAAGAACUAACAAAGAAGAGAUUUAACGCUAAUUAAACUCGCUCUUCGGUUAAAAUAAUCAAUCAUUUUUAAACUCUCGAGAAGUUCCAUUCUUUUUUAUUAUAUAACACACAAAUACACAAUUUCGUUUUUGUCAUAAGUAAUUUAAAAUAUAAUAAGGUAUGUUUAACAAUAUAAUGAGGCAUUCAUAUUUAUAAUGCAAUAUGUGGUGAUUAAUUUAGAAGUAAAGAAAAAGGAUAGAACCAUCACUGAAUAUUCUUACAAGCUAUUUGUUACGACAUUAACACGCUGAAUUUAUUGACUUAAUAAUUAUAAACGAAGAACAUGUAAUUUUGAUAUUGUUAUUGACUCGAGUAUAUCUAGUACCGAAUAAAUGUUAUAUAUAUUUAUA